AGUGUCAGUGUCUGUGAGGCAGCUGCACCCUACACGUCCCGCAAUGUCCCGGCUGCUGCAGGGUGACUGGUGCCCGCUCAAGGAGACCGACUUGCUGAGCAGAGACUACCUGCUGGAGACCACCGACCCCCGAGCCUGGCUAUCCAUGCAGAGCCCGGACUACCUGCUCCACACCCGGGCGCACCGGCAGCAGCACCCGGCCAGCAAGGUGCGGGACAUCUGCCAGCUGGGCGCAGAAGAGGACGACGAGGAGGAGCUGGACGAUGAGGAGGAGGACGAGAUGUGCAGCCAGCGGGCGCCGGGCGGGAAGCGUCCCCAUGGGGUGCAGAAGCAGAGGCGCCUGGCUGCCAAUGCCCGGGAGAGGAGGCGCAUGCACGGGCUGAACCACGCGUUUGACCAGCUCCGAAAUGUCAUCCCCUCCUUCAACAACGACAAGAAACUGUCCAAGUACGAGACCCUGCAAAUGGCCCAGAUCUACAUCAAUGCCUUGUCCGACCUCCUGCAGGCGCCCCCAGAGCACAGGGACCCCCAACAGCCGCUCAGGUCACCCCCACCCUGCCCUGCUUAUGAACUGCUGCCAGGGGGGGACAACUCGAGGGUGCACCAGCAGCCAGGGGGGUGCAGGAGAUUCCCAGGAGAAUUCUCAGUGCAGAUCGAUCCCCUCAGCUUCCCUUUUCAGGGUACAGGCAUGGACCAGAAGGGGAUGCCCAGUGCUACCUCCUCUGCAGGGGAAGAGAGCAAGAAGUCGCCCUGCACCUCUCACAGGAGUGAUGGGGAGUUCUCACCUCACUCACACUACAGUGACUCUGAUGAAGCCAGCUAGGUCCUGACCACAACUUUAUACCCAAUGCUUUGUACUGAGAAUCCAAAUGCAAAAUGUGUUUGAUAGAAGAACCCCAAUAACUCUGUUUUUGUCAUACAACAUUCAUGAUCUUCCAUACCCUGCAAAUUUUAUUAUCCAGCAGAACACUUGUCAAUAGGAAGCCAACUGCAUUCUGUCUGCAAAACCCAGACUGAGAGACAACCUUGUUAAAUAAGUUUGCACUGUACAAUUACCUGUAUAUAAUGCCAUGUAUCUCUUCCAUUGUAUGACAGAUCUGCAACGUUGAAACCCAGAUAACUUUGUGAUACUUCCAUAGAUGCACUCUGAAUACAGAGCUGUCAUUCUGCAACAAAUGACAAAAAAAAAAAAAAGAUUCCUUUUUUUCACUUUAGAUGACAACACAUUUAAUUAAACAAAGGGAUUAGAUCAAAAUUCUCUGAAUGCUUAGUAAAUCUAAGGGAGUCCAUUUGUAGUAUCUUAUUUGUCAAAAGAAAUUGUUUUUAUAUACUGAUCCAUUUGUUCUGCCAAUUCACAUAUUGCCUAUUAGAUAUAAUUCUUUUUUUUUGUUGAAUCAGACUUUUGCCAUGGGCAUCACUGUAUGAUCACAGACCUUUUAUCAAUAGGUUACAAUGUCUUCCAGAAAUUCAACAAUGUUUAUGUCACUGAAAAUAAUUUGUGUAAAUAAUUUACAGCUUUCCUAUGUAAAUAAUUAAGAAAUGCUAGUUUUUUAUAUUGUAAAAGCCCCAAGUUUCUAUAGCGACUUGCAAAACUGCACUUUAAAUGCCAUUUGUGGCAAAAAAAAGCAAAAUGUUGACAAUACAAUACACUGAGCAAAAAUAAAGAAAUACAAAACAAAAAUAAACUGCCAACAUGCAACUGAUAUUUGAUUUCGCCACAUAUUUAAUUCUUUACACAUUUUAGAGGGGAGUAAAAGAAUUUUUUUUGUGUCAAAAUUUUAUGUAAUUUCUCUACUUUGCUAGUGACGUUAGCCACUUAUUUAUUCUUGUGUUUGCUAUGUUUUGCUUGUUUUCAUUUUUAUUUUUUUUCUAUGAAAAAUUGUUUUGUUGUCAUGUAGCACAUAUCCACUGCCAUGUUUAUUUACUGUUUCUGGAAAAAAAUAAAAAGAAUUAAAAAGAAUUAAA